UGGACCCUUCCACUAAGUCAAACCCUCAAGUUGCCUCCUUUCCUGGGCCCUCAGGUCCUUUCCUGGGUCCUGUGUCAGUGUGUCCUGGGUCUGCAUCUGCCUGAGGGACCUUCCCCUCUAUUCCAAGAUGGAAAUGGAUUCUGAAAGUCUUUGCUCAGUUCCCCUCUACUGGGUCCCCUGCUCUUACCACAGAAGUGAUGGAGAGAGGAGGUGUCCACAUAAUCUUUGAAAUGGGGUCCCCUCCUCAUCCCAUGUCUGCUCCCAAACCUCCAACCUCUCCCUGCUCCCUCAUUAACAACCUGAGCUUUUCUAGGGCCAACCAUCUACAUGACUUCAGAGACCACAAGCUCCCAGCAUCCACUCCAGGUCGAGGACACUUGGACAGCUCCACUUCUUUGGCCCCUCUUCCUGGACCAAGGGCAGCUGUUCCCAUUUAUGAGUGACGUCCACUGCACCUUCCAGCUCCUCUGAGGAAUGCAGGAGCACAUGGCACUCCUUGGCUUCGUGGUGGUGUUCAGCUGUUAGGCACUAAAGAACAGAAAAGUCACUGUUUACCUUCCCUUCCUGAUCAUCAGCACCAUGGACAGUGUCUCGGGACCACUGGUUCCCAGGCUCUGCAGCAAGGAGGAGACAGUGGAAGGCAGUGAGAGAGAGGUGUGGGAAAGAGGGAGUGAGGGCAGUUUUGCAGAUUGAUUCUCCACUAAUUUCUGUUUUAUGAGUCCUCUGCAGAUUGAGGGACCUUAGGGUCAUUGCAUGUUUACCACCUCUUGUGCUUGUCACAUGACUGCACCCCUGAGUGUGGCACUGGGGAGACUGAGAGCAAGCUCUAACUCACAGUGAGUGUUUCUGUUCCUGAGAGUAAGGGAUGGGUGUGUGGCUCAGUGGCAGAGCUUUUGCCUACCAUAGGCAACUCCCUGUUUGAUUAUCAGGAGGACCAUAUCAGUCAAUCAAUCAGUCCCUUGAGAUUCAGGACAAUAUUUUCCCCUAAAAAUGUAGGAAUCUUUUCAUGAUUAAUUUCUUGCCUCAGUGCCUGACCUUUUUUUUUCUUUUUCUUUUUCUUUUUGUGAUGGGAUUUUUCAAGAUAGAGCUCAUGAACUAUUUGCCCAGCCUGGCUUCAAACCACAGUCCUCCUGAUCUCUGCCUCCUGCAUAGCUAGUAUUACAGGCAUGAGCCACGGGCAUCUGACUCAGUGCCUGACCUUUUUAAUGACCACAUCACCCAACUUGAAGGCACUCUGAGUCCUCCCCUCCCCAAGCCUCUGAUGGAGAUAGACACAAACACAUCUCUUCUCACCAUCCAGCCCUCCAAGGUCAACCCCAGGCCAAGUUCUUCCCCAGCCCCGCUGCAACAGGAUGACCUCCUUGAUGUUCUUUCUCCAGAAAGGCAGGUUCCAGCCUCUGUUUCAGUAGCCUGUGCUCCCUGCCCAGUAGCUCAAACUUACCCUUCUGCCUGCCUCAAAGUCAAAUACUGAAGCCACCCGCUCCCUCAGGUGCUAAUGACUCCCCACCCUCUGUACCUUAUCCUGUCCUAGUCAGUUGCCAACUGGUCCCAAGAUUCCCCUGAGCAUCUGCAGGGAUGGUGCUCACAGAGGUGAUGACUCACGGCCAUGGCCAGAUUUAAAGGGAAUGAAAAGAAACUUGGGGUGGAAUAAACAAGCAGCAGAUCAUGUUCAGCCUCCUUCUUCACUGCUCAAGUGGACUGUGCAUGGCUAUCAGACAAGGAGAUGAAAAGAAACCUCACGACGUCCAGUGAACAUUUCCUUCUCAUCGCCUCUUUUACCUGUGGGCAACACCGGACCCACACAGCUACCCAGAUGUAAGGCUCCACCAUCUGGGCAUGGGUAGGUGAGCAAACCUCAAACACCAUCACUUGUAAUUCACAAACACUCCACCCUCUGCAAUGACGGUGUCCAUUGUCACCAAAUGUGGGUGCGCCACUCUCCCUCACAGUCAGGGAAGUGGAAAUGCAUCCCUCAUGCCUUUGUCUCAGAAGGUGAAAAUAAACAAAAAUAAAU